GGCGGCAUUGGUUCCCACGGUGACGUCAUCGGGCUGGGCUAGGAAAAACAUGUAACGGUGCCGAGCAGCGAGUUCCCGCUACACCGACCGAACCCGACCCGCAGCAUCCGUUUACCGAGACCCAGUUCACCGAGAGAGACAAAUGAACCGUCUGUUUUCUGAAUAAAAAGGGAGCCCAGUCAGACCAAACACCUACAGAUGAUCUUUGAGACGGAGGAAUGUCUCAGUUUGGUGUCUGAGGUGGAAAAUCAGCAUCAGCUUUCGCUGAGCCGUGAAGACACGAGUCCAGCUGGACGCCACGUUUAUUACACGGCUCCUUUCCAUCACAUUGGGACUUUGUGGGGUGGUGGGGAAGGCCUAGUCCUCCCUACCCAUCAUGGACAAACAAGGAACCAUGAGUACACCAGGCAAGGUCAGCGGGCUCAAACCCCCGAGUAAAAUCAGCCGUCCAUCCGGGGUCCCAACAAAGACGUCUCCAUCGUCCGGUACGAACAUUUGCGCUCCAAAGCCCGUUCCUCCUGAGAAGUCCCCCGGCAGUGUGACGUCCCCGACCCAGGAGGGAAGUGCGGACUUCCAGAUCGGAGAGAGAGUCUGGGUCAACGGCAACAAGCCCGGCUACGUGCAGUUCAUCGGGGGCACGCAGUUCGCUCCCGGGCAGUGGGCGGGCAUCGUGCUGGACGAGCCUAUCGGGAAGAAUGACGGGUCCGUGGCGGGAGUCCGGUACUUCCAGUGCGAGGAUGGUAAAGGGAUUUUCACGCGGCCUUCGAAGCUCUCCAAGACCGCACUGCCAGAGAAGGAGGAGAACGGGAGGCAGGCCAGUCCAGCACCAGGAGCAACGGCACCGAGCGAGCCCGCACCUGCUGGCACUACCUCAACAGUUCAGGGCACCAGCAUAAAGACGAGCGCCGCACUUAACCGAAUGCUCACGUCCAGCGAGUCGGUGUCGAACAUCUCAGACCCCGACUCCACCAAGAAGAUGAAGAGGGAGCUGAGGCUGGGAGACCGAGUGCUGGUCGGCGGCACAAAGGCAGGAGUGGUCCGGUUUCUGGGAGAGACCGACUUUGCCAAAGGAGACUGGUGUGGAGUGGAGCUAGACGAACCGCUCGGCAAGAAUGACGGAGCUGUCGCGGGGACGAGAUACUUCCAGUGCAUGCCCAGGUACGGCCUGUUCGCUCCCGUCCACAAGGUGACACGAAUCGGCUUCCCCUGCACCACGCCCACCAAGGCCAAGAGCUCACGGAGGAGGUCCACCCUGAAGAAGAGCCCGAGUGCUUCCUCCAUCAGCUCGCUCAGCUCUGCCACCUCCUCCAUCGGCGGCAAGCCCAGCCGAGCAGGACUGCUGACGGAGACGUCUGCCCGCUACGCUCGUAAGAUCUCCGGCACCACGGCGCUGCAGGAGGCUCUGAAGGAGAAGCAGCAGCACAUCGAACAGCUGCUGGCCGAGAGAGACCUGGAGAGGUGCGAGGUGGCGAAGGCGACGAGCCACGCCGGAGAAGUCCAGCAGGAGCUGACGCUGCUGAGGAAAGGACAGGAUCAGUACGCGGUGGAGAUGGAGGCGAAGUUGGAUCAGCUGCGUUCGCUGGUGGAGGCAGCAGAUCGAGACAAGGUGGAGCUGCUCAACCAGCUGGAGGAGGAGAAGAGAAAAGUGGAAGAUCUGCAGUUUCGUGUGGAGGAAGCGUGCAUCACCAAAGGAGACCUGGAGACGCAGACCAGACUGGAGCAUGCCCACAUAAAGGAGCUUGAGCAGAGCCUGCUCUUUGAAAAGACCAAAGCUGAAAAACUCCAGAGGGAUUUAGAGGACACUAGGGUGGCCACGGUGUCUGAGCGCUCCAGGAUCAUGGAGCUGGAAAGGGAGGUGGCGGACCUCCAGCUCAGGCUCCGGGCGUCGCAGCAGAAGGAGGACGCCGCGUCUCUGUCCGAGAAGCAGAUCAGCAGCCUGAAGGCCCAGGCUCAGUCUCAGGAGAAGAAGAUCAGCGAGCUGAGUGUCGACGUGGAGAGCAAACAGAAAGAGCUCCAGUCUCUACAGCAGGACAAGAGCUCUCUGGAGCAACAGCUGACCAGCCUGAGAGAGAAGCUGGAGACGGCCGAGGAGGAGAAGAGGAGGACGGCAAAGACCAUGCAAGAACUGGAGCAGAGUGUGGAGCAGUCAAAGAAAGACUAUCAGACCCUGAAGGAGGAGGGCGAGUGCAGAGAGAAGGAGCUGACACAGGCCACUGAGAAGUCGGAGAGGACAGCGCUGUCGCUGGAGCAGCUGACGAAUGAGAAGAAGACACUGCAGACACAGCUCGAGGCUUUGAAGCAGCAGAACUCCAAAUUCCAGGACGAGCUGAGCCUGUCGAAGGAGCGCAGCAGCUCGGAGAACCAGCGCAUCGGAGUCCUCUGCAAGGAAAUCGAGGAGCUGAAGCUGGCCUCCCAGAAGUCUCAGCAUCUCGAGGAGCACAAUGUGGAGCGCAGCCGUGAACAGACAGACAUGAAGACGAGAGAAACUGUCUCGGAUCAGGAAAUGGAGGGCGACACAAACUUCCAGAAACCCACAGACAAAGACCGGGAGCUGGAAACUCUGAGGAACGAGAUCGCCGUGCUGCGAGGAGAAAACGCCGUGGCUAAGACGCUGCAGUCGGCCGUGGAGACGCUGGAGAGAGACAAAGCUCAGCUGCAGGGCCGCGUUCACAGCCUGGAGCAAAGGCUCAUGGGAACGCAGGCCUCAGAGGGAGAAGACAUCGAAGCUCCACCCUCAGGCGACGGCGCUCUGGAGCAGCUGAGGGAGGAGAAGGAGUUCGCUGAAGGACAAGUAAAGACUAUCAACUUCCUGAACAGCGUGAUCGUGGACCUGCAGCGGAAGAACGAGGAGCUGAAGGUCAAACUGAAGAAGCUCGCGCUGGCCGAGUUCAACGGCAACGACGGGACUGACGGGUUUGUCGAAGGCGUGUCCAAGCGGGAAAAGAAGGCGACUCCGCGUCUGUUCUGCGACAUCUGCGACUGCUUCGACCUCCACGACACGGAGGACUGUCCCACUCAGGCGCAGAGCCCGGACUCCGUACCUCACACCACUUAUCACGGCAACCCGGCCGACGAGAGGCCCUACUGCGACAUCUGCGAGGCCUUCGGACACGCCACGGAGUCCUGCAACGAUGAUCAGACCUUCUAAAGGCUCCAAAAAAAAAACCUUUUACCCUCCCACUACGUUUCCCGACUAAGAUUUUUCCAUAUUGUAUUUUUAUACUGUAUUUAUGCAUAUCACUGGUAGCCACCGUCCUGAUCUAAACCCUCUGUGUCUAAAGAUAAACUCUGCUCGUCCAAAUAUGCUGCUUUGGUGCAAUAUCGAUGUUUUUAACGAGAGGACUCGUCCGUCCUCUGCACUCGUCGUUUUUAACGUGUUGUUGUUUUGUUUCUAAAUUAAGCAUGAUGUUUCACGUGUUCUUUUGGGGGCUUUAAAAAAAAAAACGAUGCAACACAUUUAAGCACAGAUCAAACUGAAGAAGCACCUCUUCAGAUUUUUACAUUCCUCAGCGUGUGCGGCUCCGAACCAAUCAGAGAGCGAUACUGCCAUGUUACGUAAACUUAUAUAUAUAUGUAUGUAUGUAUAACGUUUUACUAAUUUUAUAUGUUUAAUGAUAUUUUACUCUUCUGUCAACCCACAACGGAGUGUUAGAGCCACC